AUGUCUCUUCAACUCGUGGUCGAGAGGAUUACUCCUCUUCAAGUCCUCUUGCUGGCGUCUUCACUGGCACUGAGCUAUGUCGUCUCUGUCGUCAUCUACAGGCUCUACUUCCACCCCCUGGCCAAGUACCCGGGUCCCUUCUGGGCUCGUAUAUCGGCGUUCCCAGCAUAUAUCCACACGCAAAAGAAGGACCGACACAUUUGGUUCUGGCAGUUGCAGCAGCAAUAUGGCCCUAGCUUCCGCACCACCCCUAACAGCGUCCUGGUCAACACCCCAACCGGCCUCAAGACAAUCUUCAACAACAAGGCCAAUGUCAAGAAGGCCAAGUACUACAAGGCGUACCCACGCAACGUCCACGCCAUGACGACGUGGAACACCAUCGACAAGAACGUCCACGCCCGCAAGAGGCGCGUCAUGAACAAUGCCUUUUCCGACAAGGCCCUUCGCUCCUGCGAGCCUUUCAUCCACGAAAACGUCGACCGCUGGUGCGAGCUCAUCAUCAACGAGAUUGGAGACGGGGAGAAGUGGUCUAGGUCGUUGAACAUGGCUCGAUGGGCUGAUCACCUCAUCUUUGAUAUCUUGGGUGAUCUAUGCUUUGGCAAGUCAUUUGGUUUGAAGGAGCCUGGAAGUGAGCUUCGCUAUGUCCCUGGACUCAUGGCUGACUUUUUGGGGAUGCUCCAUCCUAUCGGAUACUCCCCCUUCACAGCCCUCUGGGUCUGGCUCAAGCCCCGAGGCCUAAACCAGCUCCUCGCAGUCGCCGCUCCACCGGCCCUCAAGAACUGGCAGACGUUUGUCGAAAAGUGCUUCGCUGAGCGGGCUCGCGUCGAGCACUCUGCUGAAAAGUCAGAGGGUGGCGGCCGAACGGACUUUUUCCACUACCUGUUCAAGGCCGUGGACCCCGAGACAGGCAAGGGGUACAGCGAGGAUGAACUCUUUGGCGAGAGCGAGUCUCUCAUCAUUGCUGGUUCUGAUACUACGGCUAUUUCUACUGCUGCUGCAUUCUUUUACCUGUCUCGAAACCCUGAAGUUCAGCAAAAGUUGGCAGACGAGAUUACAUCCACCUUUUCAAGCCUCAAUGAGAUCAAGAGCGGCCCAACUCUUCACUCUUGCAAGUAUCUCCGAGCCUUUAUCGAAGAAACUCUUAGGAUGAGCCCCCCUGUCCCUGCCGAUCUAUCCCGAGAAGUCCAAAAGGGCGGUAUUGUCGUGGACGGAGAGUACAUCCCCGAGGGCAUCAAGGUGAGCACAGUCUCGUACUGCAUGCACCACAACCCAGAAUACUUCCCGGAGCCCUUCAAGUUCCAGCCUGAGCGCUGGAUUGUGGACAAGAAUGACACGACGGGUGCGUCGGCUGAGAGACUUGCCCUGGCUCAAAGCGCAUUCAUGCCCUUUUCUGCUGGACCCCGAGGCUGUGUCGGCAAGAACCUGGCAUACCUCGAGAUGAACCUGGUUGUGGCCAAGAUUAUCUAUAACUUUGAGGUUCGUCGUGACCCGACUAGCAACCUAGGAGGUGGCAGUCCGGAAGCCAUCGAGGGUCGUCGGACUGUCGACCAGUAUCAACUGUACGACAUUUUUGUCGGAAUUAGAGACGGGCCCAUGGUCCAGCUCGCAAAGAGGACAAGGGCAGCGUAG